CCACACAAAUAGCAGAUAAGGCAAACAGGAAAGCCAGUUACUGAACACUGGAAGAAAUCGUAAGAUUGUUUGAGUGACAUACUUAAUCACGUACCCUUUAACACUAAAACACACCAUGAAAACAGUAGGACUCUGUGUUAUAGUGCUUGGGUGUUGCAUUGUUGCAGUAGCAGAAUGCAGAACCUCUUCUUACAGUGCUGUGAGUUCUAAACCGACAAACCACGACCGUAGAUAUGUGGAAAGCUAUCUGGACGCAAGAGUUAGAGAUUUGGUGGCAAAUUUGAGUGUUUAUUCGACCAUUCUCAGCGUGAAAUCAGUCAAUCCAAGCACACCCGAGUUAGCAAGCAGUCCAAGUGCUUGGUCCUAUUACCUCCCUGUGCUUGUUAAUGCAACGUCCCCCUGUGGGGUUGCUCUGCAGGCGAUGCUCCUCUCACUCGCAGAUAACAGCUCCUCGUGGGCGGCGCAGAUGAUGGAUUCGUGGGGGAAAUUCCCUGACGGGUUUUUCUUCGUGGGACUUCGCGCAGUUGGCGUGUUCGAGGAAUGCAUCAAUGCGCAGUCAAAGGAGAAAGGACUGAGGGGGAAAUAUUGCAACAUUGCAUACUCGUCAGGCAGUGGUCAUGGGAAAGAAAACGGAGUUCCUCUGCAUGACAUGACACCUCGGUUGGGCGUUGUGUCAGGCACUUUGACACCUGUCACGAUUGGCGAGGCGAGGUAUGACACCUGUAUCCCUGACGCGUGUUCUCAACAGGAUUUGCAGAUGAGUCUCGAGCAGAUCCUGAACAGCACAGGAAGAGAACUGGACACAGUGUUCUGUCAAGUGAAGAACAAGCAGAGGAAUUAUUCACCGGGUGCCAUAGCUAUGAUAUCGACCCUGGCCGUCCUCCUGGGCAUCCUAACAGCCGGGACCUUCCUCGAUCUCUGGUAUAAGGUCAAGAAGCGGCCCCCGUCAGGCUUCGCCCCCUACCUUAUAUCAUUCUCCGUGUACACCAACUUCACUAAGAUCUUCCAGAUUAGCACUGAGCCAACAGCCGGUACCAUCACUUGUUUAUAUGGUAUAAGAGUUCUGUCAAUGACGUGGGUGAUUCUCGGCCACCAGUAUGUUUACACCCUUACCAGUACAGCUAACCUGUUGGGUGCUGCGAAGAAAGUGCAGGGGAUACUCUUCCAAGUGAUCGCCAAUGGAAACCUCUGCGUUGACUCAUUCUUCUUCAUUUCCGGGCUUUUGGUAGCAAAUGGCGUCCUGAGUGAAGUUAAAAGAACGGGGAAAUUUAAUGUUAUUCUGUACGUUCUGCAUAGGUUGUUGAGACUGAUGCCAGCGAUCGCUCUCGUCUGCCUCUUCAUGGCCAGCCUCUUGGAAUACAUCGUAACGGGUCCCUAUGCCUAUGACGUCAUUCCCUCGAUACAGUCCAGUUGUUCAAAGUUCUGGUGGAGAGAUGCGUUCUUCGUGAGUAAUUUCUUCACUCCGUUAGUCCCUGGGCCUCGGUAUCAGUGCAUGGACCAAUGUUGGUAUACUUGUGUUGACAGUCAGAUGUACUUGGUGGCACCUUUGCUCGUUCUUCCGCUGCAUUUCAGUCCCCGAGCAGGUAAAGUGUGGCUUUAUUUCAUGAGUAUUACGUCCAUUGCUAUUCCCGGCGUUAUAAUAUACGUAUACGAUUUGCCGCCUGGAGACUUCCUCUUAGGAAAUAAUGACAUAGUCGAGUACUACGCAAGAGUAUACGUGGCUCCUUGGUGUCGAGCUAGCCCUUACAUCGUAGGCAUUUGGAUGGGUUACUUCAUCUACAAACAAGGCUCUGAAAAACUGUCUCUGAAGAAGUGGCAGUUAGUAGCGGGAUGGACCUGUGCUGUGUUUGCCUCUCUCGGUGUGUUAUUUGGGGGAUGGAGUUAUAACAAACCUUUUACUGCAAUGAAAUAUGACCCAGUGACUCAGGUGUUGUAUGGCAGUCUACACAGGGCCGUGUGGGCAGCUGCACUAGCAUGGGUGGUGUUUACAUGCCACUAUGGGUAUGGGGGUUUAGUGAAUGAUUUCCUGUCAUACCCCCUGUGGCAACCCUUAAGCCGAAUCACCUACGCCAUGUAUCUGACAGCCAUCUGUGUCCAGCUGGUUGUGGCUGCGUCCGCUCGCACGCCCUUCUACUUCUCCCACGUUAACAAGAUCAUCGAGACGUGCAGCACCGUUUUCUUUACAAUACUCGUGGCCGUUCCUCUCUCCCUGUCGGUCGAGGCUCCUGUCUUGAGGCUGGAGGCGCUGCUCCUCCGGCGACCAGGUCGACCGAAGCAGAACCCGACAAAGGUCAAACUCGUAGGUCAAGACAACGAGGCAUUUGCUCCCGAGGUCAAGGAGUUGCAAGUUGCACUGCAAGACGAAGGAGAGGAAAUAAAGGAAGCCACUGAGGCCGUUACCAGAUUUUAG